AUGCCUCAUUUGACAGAUUGCUCUUGCUAUCAGGUUCAAGCCCACCUGGAAAAUCCAAUGAGGUAUCACAUUCAGCAAAUUCCACAGCAUCAAGUGAAACCAUUCCUGACACUGGAUACCAAGUUAUCUAACCAACCUCUAUCACUGCCUAAUUCCCAAUCUGUAUCUUCUUCAGGAUCUACACCUAUAAUAAAGAGUGGUCAUGUGCCACCUACUAGUAAUAUCAGCAUUCCUGAAAGUCCAGUAACCAAGAUACUAACUCUUGGAGGAGAAAAUGGGAUGGAAGAAGUUAUUGAUGAUAUAAUCAACAUGGAAUCAAAUUUUAAUGAUGAAGGGAUAUGUCGUAUUGAAACACCACUGCCGAUACCAAGAGUGCUUUCAAGUAGCAUUCUGGAUAUAUACAACAGUGACCAAGGAGUGACAGCUGCCAAUAUGGGUCUUACCAAUUCUUCCUAUCCUUCUAAUUUGCCAGUUAAAAGGGAACUCAUAGAUACACACAGAAUCACAAAAGAGAGAGUGAAAAAGGACAACCAUAAUCUCAUUGAAAGAAGAAGAAGGUAUAACAUUAAUUACCGGAUUAAAGAGCUUGGCACCCUUAUUCCAAAGUCUAAUGAUCCCGAUAUGCGCUGGAAUAAAGGAACUAUUUUAAAGGCAUCAGUGGACUAUAUCAAGUGGUUACAGAAAGAACAACAGAAAGCUCAAGAUUUGGAGCAGAGGCAGAAGAAAUUAGAGCAAGCUAAUAGACGACUGUUGCUACGAAUUCAGGAGCUAGAAAUGCAAGCACGUGCCCAUGGACUACCAAUCAUGUCUUCAGUCAGUGUGGUUGACUUAACCUCCAGGGUCAUGAGACAACUGGCAUAUCCGGAAGAGAAUUCAAUAGACUACAUUCAACAUCUAGCCACGGCUCAUGAACAACAUGCUGAUCUACAUGACCCAGCUGCAGCCUUUUCUGAUCCACUCUCCCAUUUUACAGACUUGUCUUUUAGUGCUGCCUUAAAAGAACAGAGACUAGAAGAAAUACUACUAGAUGAUACAAUAUCGCCACUUGGGAUAGACCCUCUAUUAUCCUCUAUGUCUCCUGCUGUAACUAAAGGAAGCAGCCGAAGGAGCAGUUGCAGUUCAGGUGAUAGUGAUGAUAUAUAA